AUGGUACUUUUUCACGUAGACGCAGAAUGCUCCUGUUGGAGCUGGAGGAAGAUGUCCGGGCUGACGCCCUUGGGUUGCCUGAAAGGUUUGCUCAACGACCCGGACAGUCCGCAGAUACAGACUCGCCGGCUACUGCCUUCGCUCAUCCGGCAAGCACGCUCCCGCAGCCUGCGACUGGUUGAGGGCUUCGUUCCCAAUUUUAUCGACCAUGGCCGCAUUGUGUAUGAUGCCAAAGUCGAAGAUCGAUACAUCUUUGUUCCAGGAGAAUCGCUGGGGAAAGGCAGCUUCGGAGAAGUGAAGGCCGCAACAGACAGGUACACACGAGAGCGCCACGCCGUCAAAUGCGCGGUUAUUGCGAAGGAGGAGCUAGCAGAGGCUUUCGUGCAAGAGGCUGAGAUGCAUCUGAAGCUGGACCACCCCAACGUCUGCAAGCUUCUUCAAGUGUAUGUGACCGAAGGAGCAUGUCACCUAGUGAUGGAGCUAUGUGCUGGAGGCGAGCUGUACGAUCGCUGGGCUGACAAAGGAUACUUCAACGAGGACGAAGCCACGACGGCGGUGAGGCAAAUGCUGCGUGCCUUGACCUAUCUACACUGGCACCACAUCUGCCACAGGGAUCUGAAGCUGGAGAACUGGGUCUACAAAGACAACUGUGUCGAUUCGACCCUGAAGCUGAUAGACUUUGGCUUCGCCAAAGAAUUUUCAGAGGAGAUGCCCAUGUCGGCACUCUUGGGCACCAUCUACUACAUCGCGCCAGAAGUGAUCCGAGGCCACUACAACAACAAAUGCGACAUUUGGAGUUUGGGCGUCAUUGUCUACAUGCUCCUCAGCGGCGAGCCGCCGUUCUACGAUGGCCACUGCGAUGACUGGACGAUGCAAAAGAUCUUGAACGAGCCGCUGGAUGUCUACGGUCCAAACUGGGACGAUGUGUCGGACGAGGCGAAAGACUUUGUGUCCCAGCUUCUCGAUCGUGACGUCUCCGCCCGUCCUGGUGCCCGGGAUGCCAGCCGUCACGAGUGGCUGCAGGAUUUGCUGCCAGGUGGCAUGAGGCGGCAGAUCUCCAACCAACUCAUCAACCAAAAAGUUCUUGAAGACCUGCGGACGUUUGCUUCCAUGAAUGCCAUGAAGCGAGCGACCUUUGGUCUCAUCGCCUACACCAUGGCCGGGGACGCCGACCUCUCGGACCUGGAGUUGGAAUUCCGCAAACUGGACAAAGAAGGCAGUGGCACCAUCCUCAAGGCAGAGCUGGCAGCUGCCUUUGAGAAACAGCUGGGCAUGUCAGCCGAGGAGUCGAACGUCUUGUUUGAUCGACUUGACAUCACCGGGGACCAUGAGAUUGAGUAUAGCGAGUUCAUCGCUGCUGUCAGCGGCAGUCGCUUCAUGUGCAACGAGGCACUGAUCAAGCAGGCCUUCAAGCGUCUGGACCGAGAUGCAAGCGGAGUCAUCACGGUCGAAAACCUGCGUGAGGUCUUCGGCGAUAUGUUCAAUGGCACGAAAGUCGAGGAUAUCAUGAAGCAGGUCGACUACAAACAUACCGGUGUGAUCGACUACGAUGAGUUCGUUCAGGCUAUCAUGGAGCUGGGUCCGGAUGGAAGUCCGGCAAGCAGUCCAGGAGAAUGCAACCUUCGCAAGAGGAUUUCCAGGGCAUACGAGUUCACUUCCGUCGGGCGGAAGACAAGAAAAGGCCGCAAGAUCAUUCCAAAGAAGCCUGGUUUGAUUUACAAGCCGUCGCAGAAGUUUCACGCGGUUCGAACCGCUCAGCAUAGCCAUGGUCAUCAUCAUGGAAUGCCACGUGCUUUGGGCCGCGGUUGGCACACACCGGACAUCUCAAGGCAUCCGAGUCGAGAGUUCAGCCUGGACGAGAUGAAUGUGACGAAGAUGAUGUCUGGGGACUCGGAGCAAAGCCCGGUCCAUGGCUUCAGGCCGCCAGCCCUCAAUCGUGGCUGGCAUACCCCAGACAUCUCUCGACAUCCGAGUCAGGAUUCAUGUGUGGAUGGGGUCUUUGACGUCUCAUCUCUUCCAGUUUCGGCUCAGAUGCGCACAGCUACGACGAUGUGA